AUGAAGCUGACUGCUCUACGUGCGGCCGUGCAGAAGGGUCUCGCAGCCGUGCGUAUGAACAAGCAGGGCAGACAUCGACCGUUCAGCAGCAUUGCGCCAGAAGCUGCUGAGGCAAAAGGAAAGGAUGCUACUUCCAACCUCGACGUGACUCUCGUCAAAACCUCUCCAGAUGCGGUGUCUUCGCCACGGGUCUCGGAUCUGAAGCGGGGCGCGUCGAAAGAGGACGCUGACUUCAGCGGACAUCAGCUCCUGCUUCCAGGUGGUUUUGAAGAACUCGACGACACAGCCGAGGAGCCAUUAGAUUUCCAAGCUCCGCGCAUAACGCGGGUAAACUGCUUGGAUGAUGACGAGUUCGAAGCGCUGCGCCGUCGAGCGCUGCACCUCGCCCGCCGGGAUAUGCGAUAG